GUUCGGUUUCAGUAUACGUAAACGAACGAUUCAUUUUUCAGUAACUGAAAAUCCUCCGAAAAGCGUAUAUAUAGUUGGAAAACCAUCACGAACAUUGUGACGUACAUGGAGUUUUAUCCAAUGAAGUAUCAGCUCGGAUAUUGAUCAAUCGAAAAAAUGGCCGAAUUGUGAAAACAUAUGGAGAAAACCGUAUACAUAUUAACAACAUGAAAUUCAGCUUCAUAUGCAUUGUCAGCUUAAUAUCAUGUAGUGUUUGUGAAUCAAACGAUAUCGACGUUUAUUCCGGUCUGGACUUCGAUUUCGAUGUGCCCAAAGAAGACUCUCAAAUAGAAGAUUACAAAAUUCCUGAAUUUAAUCGAUUACGUUAUCUAUACGAAAUUAAAAAAAAAAUAGAUUAUUUGGAACCAGAGUUACCUAGAGAAUAUGAUGUAAAGUCAGUUCCAGAUAAACAUCGUCGAUAUCAAGAAGUCAUUGAUUGGCAAAGGUCUGAAUUACAUAAGCACCGUCCAUCUCGUGAACAUCAUGUAAAUCCAAAAUUACAAUUCAUUCUGCAUAAUCUGGCUAAAUCUGAAAAUUUUGACUUGGACAUACCCCCUUUGCAGCUUCCUGAGGAUGCCCGGAUGUAUCCACCAGAUGUAGACGACGGCUUAACAUUUGAUUACGAUAAAGACGAAGAUGUCUAUGAUAGUCAAAGGCUACUCGAAAAGAAGCUAUUAAAUGAAGAAUAUAGAGAUAAUGAAAGACUGUUAUUGGAUAAUAAACCUCCAGUUAAUGAUGAGCAUUCACACACGUCUUCUCAAGAUAUCAGCUUGGACGAUAUACGUGACCGGCAAGUUCCUACAAUUAGAUUUGGUUACGUUAAAUUAGCAGAAAAUCCUUCAGAAUUUGCUUACCCUCCAUCGGAUCCGAGAUUUUUCAGAAAUGUGGAGGAUACCAUACAACAAAUUAUAGAAACAACUACAGAGGAGGAAAAAUCGUCAAAUUCAGAAUCGACUAAGGUAGUUCCAUCGGAAGUAUUCUUGGUGAAUUUGAGAAGCGACAAAGUAACUCCAGCAAAUAGUCUACAAACAAAUGAAGAUGGGAAAGAUGGAAUAAGAGUGGUUCCUCUUAAACCUACAAUGGAAGAUGGAAAUACAGCUGGUGUUUAUAUAAUCGCCAUAGUAGCUGGAAUCAGUGCUGCUGCCACUGUAGGACUUAUUGCAGUCGGCAUUGGAUGGUACAAUUUACAGAAACAUGUCAAAAAUGCUUCCGACGUUGAAUAUCCAGCUUACGGCGUAACCGGACCAAAUAAAGACAUUUCUCCAUCGGGAGAUCGACGUCUGGCACAAUCUGCUCAAAUGUACCAUUAUCAACAUCAAAAACAACAAAUUAUCGCUAUGGAAAGAGCUCCUCCAGGAGAACGUCAUGGCUCUGCAUCUGAAGCUGAGAGCGACGAAGAAAACGAAGAGGGUGAUUACACUGUAUACGAAUGUCCAGGUCUCGCUCCCACUGGUGAAAUGGAAGUGAAAAAUCCCCUCUUUCAAGACGAUCCCACCCCCGCACAAACUCCCGCAACUAAAGUUGACGACGAAAAAGAAGAUAACGAAAUUAUUAAAAAGUAGACCAACAACUAUAUCAAUGUUUAUGUUAUUAUUAUAUAAUUUAUUACCACAUUUGGAAAGUCUAUCAUCAGUUAACGUGUUUUAGGAAGUGAUAAAAAUUCUUAAUAGAGAAUAUUUAUUUAUGAAAGAAUUUAAUUAAAUAGUCAGGAGGAUGCAAUAACAGGGCAAGUCUUUCGAAACUAUUGAUUUUAUGUUGAUAAACGCAUGGCUGGAAUUAGGUAAUAUAAGAUUUGUGGAGAAUUAUAUUUCAUCUUCCAGUAAAUUGAAGAAUAGUUAAAAUUCCAACUUAUCACCUAUAAUUUUAACACGAUUUAAAUUAUAUGGAUUACCUGUUUUUUGGUAUUCAACUCUCACAUUUGUAACUUUGCUCCACUUACUCUUCCAUUAGAUACAGAUUUUCACAAUAUUUUAUGGAACUAUUUCACACGUUUUAUGAAUAAUAUUAUAAGGAUUCGUUUAUUGUUGCACCUCUUGACAAGAAAUGUCCUCCCAAUUAUGAAAUUAUAUGUAAUAGUCUGCCAUAAUAUCGCUGUAAGUACCUCCAUUCUUAGAUAAGUAUAAAACACCAAAAAAAAUGAAAUUUAUGUCAAAACUCCCAUUUAUGUAAAACGUGUAAUCAAAAUAAAUUAUAUGGAAGCAUGUCAACUGUGUUGUUUUAUUUACUCCCAUAUAAUUUAUUUUGAAUUUUAGUAUUCCUACUUCAAUCCAAUUUCAGCAACAUAAAUUGGAAAACAUUGAAUAAAGAGUUUUUAUCAAAUUGAAAUGAUUUUUGCUAAAAUUGAGAGUUUAACCAAACCGUGAUAUUGCAAAUUAUUCUCCAAUUUCAUAUCUUUGGAACAAAACAUCAAAAUAAAUAAUGAAUUGAAGCGGCAUUGAAAAUACCUAUUGAAUGAUGCCAAUAUUGUAUUGUAUUGUUUUUCUUAUUUAUUUCUAACGGUGGGGUGAAUUUAUACACACUGUCUCUUACUUACUUACCACUAUUCUUAUUAUUUAAAUUUAAAUUCAAUGAUCACUAUUUACUAUUUCGUUCAUAAUAACUUAGAAUUGUGCUAAACAAGCAGGAAUUUAUAACAAAAAUAAAUUUCUACAAUUCUAGGAAGUAAACAAACAAAUAAUUAAUUAAAUCAUAUCAAAAGCAAUAUAAACUUAUCGCCUCUGAGAUAAAAACAUGUAAACAAGGCAAUAUCAAAGAAACCGUGAAUUUGCCAAAAUGAAGACACUUAUUAUAACCGAACAGGACCGGAUUCGCGGUCCUUGUUGGGACGAGCUCGUAAGAGUAUUUUGUUUAUGUACUUCACAUUCUAGUGCCAUUCAAUGGUGUGAACCUUUCACAUAAGAUACCUUUACAGAACAGAAAGACUGUAAAAUACAGUAACCGAGCAGGACAUUCCUUUGGAACCUGACAUUCAAUUCAUUCAUCAUAAUAUUCCUCAGCCAAAUUUUAAUUUACUUCACCGUAAUUCAGAGUGGGCCAUAAACUUUUGAAAAAUUUACACGAAAAAAAAUGUUUAUCUAAAUGAAGAUUAUAAAUUGGAAAAUUAUUUUUUAGAAUAAUAUCGUUCAAGUGGCUGCAAUCCCGCCGCUGGUAUUCAUGAAAUCUGGCCUUUAUGUUUCCGAAACCUCUUCGACACAUAUCGACUGGUAUGUUAUGUUUCAUAGCGCAUGUUCUCUUUCAUUUGUAUUGCUUUUGUUUAAAUCAAAUCGAUUUUUAAGAAAAAUAAAUCAACUGGUGAUAGGUCUAGACUGCAGCAAAGCCGAGGAACAUCUCCGCGCUUGAGAAGUUUUUUUUGAGGAACAUUUUUGUAACUAUGGGUAAAUCCUCGUUGGCAUCUUUCCAUUCAUGCUCUAUUGUUGAUAUAUUGAUGUAACUUCGGAUCGAAAAAAAAAUCGUAGCAUUUUCACAUAAUCUACAAAGAAGUUACAGAAUAACCGCGAGCAUUUUCAAAUCCAAUGAAUAUAUUGCCAGGAAACAUAGUGAACGUAAAAGUCAUCAGCGUUUUAAUUUGAAACUUUCUUUCUCCAGAAUCUUGUAAUGUUGUUUGUUAAUACUCCAAUUCAAGAAAAAAUGAGCUUUUUUCGAGAAACAAUGUUGCCCAAGCGCUCUUUCCCUUCUUAAAACACAUAAUUUUCUUCCAAUUGUUACACUAACUGAAUUUUAGAGGGAUGCAGUUUUAAGUACAACAAGAAGUUAUUCGGGUACCGCCAAAUCAUCUGAAUGCUUGCGCGGAGAUAAACUUGGAUCGUCCUAUUUAAAAUUUUGCACAUUUAUGAAGGACCGACGACAAUACAAACUAGAAAAUAACAAAUAUUUUUUUACACUUAAAAAAGUGUGGAAUGAUUGAUAGAAGAUAUUAUUUCAAUGUAAAAAAUACCUUUGGAAUUGAUCCAAUGUGUCUGAAUUUUUAAAGAAGCGAGAAACGAUGCAAGAGCAGCCCCUACACCACCCUCGCGAGCUGUCUACUCUAGAUCGAUUACAAAAACGAAAAAUUUAUGGCCCACCCCGUAGUAGUCACGAAGGAGCACCUUUUCAUUGAAAUUUUAUUCACAAAUUAUCGAUUCCAUCAGGAUAAUUUUUCAAAAUUUUAAUAAUCGACAGCUCUAUUGCAUUUUUCAAAUCCCAGAUAUAAACCGGUUGGCAUAGUAUUUAAAAACUAGAUUCAAUGAUGUGGACUCCCAAGAAACCUGUCACAUUCACUUUUGUGGAUCACUGUAUAUGUUUUUCCAGAAACAUGUAUAUACAGCUUUACAUUUCAAAUAUUCACAUUUCCAUCAGGGUAGGUAAUACGGUGUGAAAUUUCUUUUUUCCACACUCGGGCUGCAAUACUUGCUGCUGCUACUUCUUCAUGAAUAUUAUGUCCCAUUAAGAUCCCAACUACUUCCACAUCUAUAACACUCACCACUCUGCUAGCGUUUAAUAAAUGAACUAUUGAAUGUACAGACUAGAAAAAAUAUAAAAAACAACUUUAAAGAGGCGGAUCUUCAGCUCUGAAUUUUUUAGAAGCUUAUUUGAAUUCUAAAAUUAUUCAUUAAAUCAAUAAAGAAUAUCAUAACGAAUAUUGAGAUCAUUGAAUACGUUUAGAAAGGCGUGCUGCUUCCUAGAGGGACCUUUAUUUGUUGCAAUAACUCUAUGACGUUAUUUCAAUAUUACUAGAAUGAUAACAUAUGAUGGUUUUUCCUAUACUUAUACAGAAAUGGUAUAACCAAUAAAAUGGUACGCGUAUACGUAUACUUUUUGAUAUAUGAAAUAUCAAAUUUAAACGAUUAAAAAAUUAGUUUCAAUAAGAUCUAGGAAGCAGGAAUAAUACAAACAAAAGUAUCAAGAUAAAAAAAUAAUAUGUCGGAUUCAAAUGUAUCCUACUCAAACUUAAGUAUAUAUUGCUUAUUUGGAAUUGGUAUUUGGACUUAUUAAUCGACAUAUUGACUAACCAAUGGUAACCAUAAUCUGACGUUGGGUUGAAGUAUAUAAUUCUAAUAUAUUCAUGCUGAUUAGAUCUAGAUUUAUUAGCGUCAAUUAAAUGGAAUAUUUAUUUUUUAUGUACAUAUUUAAUUCAACAAAAAUAAAAGAGAAACUAAUAUUUAUAAAUAAAUUCAGUUUUGAAAUGGAUAUUUUUAAUAUAUAAUCACGUGUUAGUUUAUAUUUUUUGUAAAUCUGAAUUAUAUAAAUUACAUGUCACUUAUAAAAGAACAUUAAACUAUAUCUUAAUAAA